CACCGCCCACUCCGCUUAACCUCAACCACCCUCCACCCUCUCACCGCCAAAUGCCAAUGCCGCCUUCAAUUCCGCCGGCAGCCUCACCACCGCCGGUGAAAUUCCCCCCGUCAGUGCUGGAGUGGUGACUGAAUCAACAGUGAGAAGCUUCAUUCACAAUUUCACAUACACAGAGAGAUAGAGAGAGAGAAAGUUGUUAAAAAAUGGCGCAGAGCUUCAAGCUGAAGGUGCUAACUCUGAUCACGAAGCUCUCCGACCGGGACACCUACGGCAGCGCCACCGAGCAGCUGGAAUCGAUCGCCGCCGCGCUCGACGGCGCCACCCUCCCGACUUUCCUCUCCUGCAUCCUCUCCACCGACUCCGCCGACAAGGCAUUGGUGCGGAAGCAGUGCCUCCGCCUCUUAUCCCUUCUCUCCCUCCUCCACGCCAAUUCACUCGCCUCCUUCCUCCCCAAGAUCCUCGCCUACGUCACCCGCCGCCUCCGCGACCUCGACUCCUCCAUCCGCUCCGAGUGCGUCGCCACCGUCUCCUCCCUCUCCGCCAAGGUCACAAAGCAGCCGUUCUCCUCCGCUUUCGUCAAGCCGCUCAGCGAGGCCGUGUUCACGGAGCAGGAUUUGAACGCGCAGGUCGGAUCCGCUCUCUGUUUGGCUGCAGCGAUCGAUUCGGCGGCGGAUCCGGACCCCGGCCGGCUCGGCAGGGCGCUGGUCCCGAGGCUGGAGAGGCUGGUGAAGAGCGACGCGUACAAGGCCAAGAGCGCCGGUUUGGUCGUUCUCGGGAGUGUGAUUGGAGUGGGAGGAGUCAGGGGAUACAACGGGCUGAACGGCCUCGUGAAAUGCUUGACCGGAUUUCUCAGCAAUCAGGAUUGGGCCGCCAGAAAGGCUGCGGCGGAGGCGCUUGGGAGAUUGGCGAUUGCUGAGAGAGACGCCGUCGCCGAGUUCAAGACGGAUUGCUUGAAAGUUUUCGAGACACGGAGAUUCGAUAAGGUAGUUAAAGCAGCUAGGGAAGUAAUGAACCAGAUGAUUGAAGCGUGGAAACAGGUUCCAGAUGUAUCUGAUGAAGCUUCGCCUCCUCCUCGAUCUCAGGCUUCUUCUAGAGAUGAUGCAACUGAUGGGCACACCCCACCUCCUGGAUCAAGAACAAGAGGAGUUUUAACUGCUAGAUCAACUCCUCCUCCUAUUAGGAAAAGAGCUCCUAUGAAGAGUGGUGACAAGAGCAAGAGUCCGGCUAUGAAGAAGCCCUUGGAAACUUCUGCAGUCUCCAACAGUUCUUUCAGUGGAUACGAUGAUGCUGGCGUGAAGCACAGGAUUGAUGAUGAACCCCACACUAAGUUGAUGAGGCCAGGCACAAGGAGAGCUUUGUUUGGUAAGAAUUCAGACGAAAAGACAGUGAUGGACAGUAGUGCCAACUUGACAGUUGUUAGUCAAUCCGUUGAGAAUCACCACCAUCACGGGAAUCACAAAGAAUGUGAGGACUUGACUUUGAUCCGCAGCCAGCUUCUCCAGAUCGAAAAGCAGCAGUCCAGUCUGCUCGAUCUCCUCCAGAGGUUCAUUGGGAGUUCCCAAAACGGAAUGCAGGCACUGGAGUCACGAGUGCAAGGGCUGGAGUUCUCACUGGACGAGAUCUCAUAUGACCUGGCUGUAUCCACUGGGAGGAUGUCCAACAACGCCCAUGGAAGUGCUUCCUGCUGCAGAAUACCUGGUGCAGAUUUCUUCAGCUCCAAGUUAUGGCGGAAAGCAGAUACCCACAAUCCAACUCCCCGGCUCUCUUCAUCAAGAGGCAUCUCGUCAUUGGCCGGCAUGCGCCCCAUGGCUGGUGGUAGGACAAGCAGCGUCGAGACCUUCAACCUGGACAACUGCAGGCUCCGCCUUCAGCACCGCGGUGGAUUAAUUGUGAAUCCCCUUGCAGAGAUUCACGACUCUCGUCGGGGUCUCGCUGCUGCUGGGCAACAGUAAUAGUUCACUGGAUCCAGCAGUUGCAGGCUCGCUCUGUCUAUCUUUUAGGCAGAUGCAGAGUCACAGCUGGAUGAGUUUGAUUAAUGGACGAUGGAAAGUUUUGCUGGGUUGCAGAUGAAAGAUUAGUUUCUAUUUCCGUUCCAUGUGGCGAAAGAGGACCAGAAGCCAAAGCCGGUUCUCGAAAGGGUCGCCUUCUUUUGGCGUUUUGUUAGUAAAGAAAUUUCUUGGCAUUUGCUGCACGCACGAGGGUUGCGGGGUUUCCCUAACCAAGAGAGUGCAGACUGCAUAGCUUGGCGUGUUAUUAUUUGUAUAGAGAUAGCCGCAGCAGCAGUAACAAUGUCUGUUCUUAUUUUGGCGUGUUCUUCAUCGGUGUUUCCACUGACUGGUUGGUUUCAUGGUUGAAUCAUUUGUUACUUCAUUUUCUGUAUGUACCUUCUUUCUCUUCGGCUAGAGUUCUUUG